AUUAAAUAAAAUGAAAACUCGCGGGUAGAAAUCAGAACCUAAAUAUGCAUAUCAAUAUAAAAAAGAUUAAAUAUUAGGACAGAGUGAGAAAGGCAAACCUCUUUUUUAUAAGGUAGUAGAAGACAUGAAAACAAAUGAUCAUAGAUCUUAAUUGAGAGUAGUUAAAUUGGAAUAAUAAGAAAAGUUAAAGGAUGGCAAAGUAGUUUAUAAAGAGGCUGAUGAACUUUUAAUAUCUGUAAAAGAGCGCACGUAAAAAAAAAUAUAAUUUAAGUAAAGUAGUUGAUGAUGUGGAAGUAAAAUAAACCAAACCAAAUCCAAGAAGUAAGACAGCUGUUACAUUUUUUACUUUUCCUUAAGAUACUCUUUAAGAAAUAGCAAAAAGUGUGAAAUAAGUUCCCGCCAAUACAAAACAAUAAAAAAAAUAAGUAAGUUCAGAGAGUGAGGAUGAAGAAGAAGAACCACCAAAAAAAUACUCAAUCAAGAAAGGUUAAAAAUAACAAGUAGAAGGAUAGCAUGAAAUAAAUAAAGUGAAAAGUAAGAAACAAAAACAAUAAGAAAAAGAAAAAGAGGAAAGUGAUGAGGAAGAGGAAGAGGAAGAAGAAGAAGAGGAAGAAUAGGAGGAGAAAGAAAAAGAAGUAGUAGUAAAACCAUCUAAAAAAGGAUCUGUUUAAAAAUAAAAUAAAAGUUAAGUUGAGAAUGUUUAAAAGCAGAAAGAAGUGAAAGUUUAAAAGAAAGGCGGGAGAAAAUAAAAAAAAGAAGAUACAGAAGAAAGUGAAUAAGAUGAAGAAGAAGAUGAACCAGAAGUAGUUUAAAAAGUUUCAAAGAAAUAAAUUAAAAAUACACCUGCUCCAAAAUAAUAAUCUCAAAAAGUUUUGGAUACAUCUUAAAUAUUAAAAGAAACAAAAUUAAGAGGUAGAUCAAAGAAAUAAAAAUAAGAGGAAGAUGAUGAAGAAGAAGAAGAGCAAGCAGAAGUAGAUCAAUCUAUUUCAUAAUCUGUGUCUUAAUCAUUUUCUGUGGACAGUAAACAAAAGAAAGGAGGUAAAACUAAUUCAACAAGGAAAUCAAAAUCUUAACCUUCUUAAACAAAUAAAUUUAUAAAGGGGAAAGUUAAUCCAAAUUAUAAAGAUCUAAGAAAUAUAAGUGAUUAAUUUGAAGGAGGAAAUUCAAAAUUUCAUGAUUAUACUAGUGUAAUUAUGAAUAAUAAAGAAUUGAUUAGAGCUGCAAAAACAGGAAAUAAAAAACUAUUAUAGGAUAUAUUUACAAAUUCUUAGAAGAUUAGUAAUUUAUUUUAGAGAUGGGGUCCAGAAAAUGAAAUAAAUGCUAUAGAAUUAAUAUUCUAAAGAUAAGAUAAAGCAAUGCUUUUAUAAUUUAUCAAAGCUAUUGGUAAAUUAAAAUUAGGAGUGACUCCAAGAUGUUCUUUAAAAGAAAUAACAACAGGUUUUAAUGAUAAAUAUGCAUAUGGAGUUAGAACUAGAAAGGUUACAUUAAGUAGGGGAGGAAGGGAAGGAAAUAAUGCUUUUGUAUAUGAUUUAAAUUAGGAGGAAAUUUUAAGUCGUUAUUAGAUUGAGAGAUUGAUGAGAAUUGAAUCUGAACCAGAAUUCUUUGGAUUGAUGAUGGCAUAAUUAGGAAAUGAAUAUUAAUAUUAUGAAGUGAUAGCAAUGGCAGUAAGAUGUGGUAAUUGGAGAACAGCAGGAUAUUUAGUGUAAAAAGCAAUGGAGAAAGGACAUAUGUAUGGAUAUAAUUAAGUACAUGUUGAUGUAUUAAAUUAUACAAAUGCUUCUCGUAUUGGAAAUAUUAAGAAACCAUCAGCAACAAAAAAGACUGUUGGUAUGUAUUUGAUAACACCAAUACAUUGUGCUGCAAUUAAUCCUAAUCAUGGUUGUUUAUAAAAAUUACUUGAAAUUUCACAAGAAUUUAAUAUUUUAGAUGAAAUUCAUAGAAAGCCUGUUCAUUAUGCUGCUGUUUCUUAAACAAAUGAUUGUUUAAAGUAUUUAUUAGAGAAUGGUAUUGAUGCUAGAGAAGGAGAUAGAUUAAAAAAUACUCCAUUGAUGCUUGCUGCUUAAUAUGGAAGAACACAUAAUGUUGAACUUUUGGCUUCAAAUAAUAUAGAUGGUAAAAAUAAAGAAGGAAAUGCAGCAAUACAUUUAGCAUGUUUUGGAGGUCAUUUAGAAACAGUAAAAGCUCUCUUAAAACAUGGAGCAUAAAUUAAUUAACCAGGUUAAUUAAGAAUGACUCCAUUAAUUAUUGCAAGUGCCUAUGGACAUUAUGAUUUAGCCAAGUAUUUAAUUGAAUAAGGAGCUAAAGUUUUAAGUAAAGAUAAAUUUGGAAGAAGUUCAUGUGCAAUGGCAGCUAGAAAUGGUAAUGUUAAAAUUUUAUCACUUCUUCUUUAUCAUGGAGCAGAAUAUAAUAUGCCAGAUUCAUCCAAAAAUACACCUCUUCAUUAUGCUGCUGCUUAUGGAUUCCCUGAAUGUAUUGAAGAAUUAAUGAUUGCUGGAGCAGAUUAAAAUCUACCUAAUUCUUGGAAAUUAACUCCUUUAUCUGUAGCUUUAUAAAAAAAUCAUUUAGGUGUUGUUAAAACACUCUUAAAUUAUCCAAGUACUGAUGUUAAUUGUAAAGAUGAUGAAGGAAGAACUUUAAUUUCAUCUAGUCUAAGUAGAUUUACUGCUGAUUCUUUUGAGUAUAUGAAAUAUUUGAUUCUUGAAAAAAAUGCAGAUGUUAAAAUUGCUGAUUUAUAAGAUAAAACACCAUUACAUUAUGCUGUAUUGAUUUCUAGAAAAAAUGUUAAAUAAUAUUACUAAAAAUGGAAUGAAAUGAUGAAAGCAGAAAAAAGAGAUAUUAAAAAUAAUUAUGAAACACUUGUAUCAGAUUUAAUUGAACUAUUAAUCAAUGCUGGUGCAGAUAUUAAUGUUCCAGAUACAAAUGGAUAAACUCCAUUUAUCUAAGCAUUAAUGAGCUAGAAUUUCAAAACGGCUGAAUAACUUAUGAAAUUAGCAGUACCUAAAUUUGAUUAUAUUGAUAACAAAGAUAAAAAUAUUUUGCAUAAAUUAAUAGAAUGUAAACUAUUCUUAAAUCCAAAGGGAAAUAGUAUUUUAGAAAAUGUUAUAAAAACUGUUGAUUAAUCAUACAUUAAUUAAUACGAUGAAAAUGGAUGGAAUCCAUUAUUAUAUUUGAUAUCAGAAUAUACAAAAUCUGCAGAACAAUAACAUGAUCGAAUUUAUAAUAAGAAGAUAUAGCAAUUAUUAAUUAAAUUAUUUGAAUAAAAGGUAUCAGAAUUACCUCCUGAAAAAGAUUAAAUAGAUGAAGAGAAGAAAUAAGAUGAAAUGGAAGAAUAAGAAUAAGAAAGAGAUAUGAGUAAAGUAGUAGAUGAAGAUGAAGGUAGUUAUAUAAGUGAAGAGGAAGAGGAAGAUGAAGAUGAAGAAGAAGAAAUUUAAUAUAAAAGAAAAAAAACAGCAUUUAAAAAUCCUUAAAUAAUUUAUAACCCAACAUAAUCCAAAAUAAUUACAGGAAUGACUACUGGAAUCAAAACUUCUAAAAUACAUUCACAAUUCUCUCAAAAAAAUCAUUAAUUCUAAACUUAAGUUAUAGAUGGAGGAAAUGUAUAUAAUCAAAGAACAUUUUAUUACAAUAGCAAACCAAUUAUUGUUCAUUUAAAUAAAGAGUAAGUUGAUUAAUUAAAAUAAGAAGCACUCUAAGCUUCUUUUCUAAUAUAAGAAACAGUUUUAAAACUAUUUUAAUAAUUAAUAAAUUUAGGAGCUAAAUCAAAUAGUGUAGUUAUAAAAAGAAAGAAGUUUAGAUAACCAGAUGAAUCAUAAUAAGAUUAGUAAGAUAAUAAAGAAGAUCCAUAUAUAAGUGAAGGUAAUUAUACGAUAGCUCAUUUUGUAUUUAAAACUUUCCAUAGUGUAUCUUUCCUUCAAGGAUUAUAAAGAAUAUCCAAUAUUUCAUUAAAGGAGACAACACAUAAUAAUACAAGUCCUAUUCAUUUAUUUGCUGCUACUUGCAAUAAAUAUUAAAUAUGUGGAAGAGAAUAAGAAACUAGUGAGACAUUUUUAAAAUAUGUUCUAAAUCAUAUAGAUAUAUAAGUUAAGGAUUCAAAUUUAGAUACACCUACAAGUAUUAUGGCAUUGCGUUAUUAUGAAGAUUUGAGUUGGUUUGUUGAAUCUUUAUUAGGAAUGGGUGGAUGCAUAGAUAAUUUAAAUAAAAAUAAUGAAGUUCCACUUUAGAAAUGGGUUAAAGCAAAUAAUAUAAAAAUAGUUGAGUUAUUUUUAACUAAAUUUAAGGCAGAUCCAAAUUAUAGAGAUAAACAUAAAAGGACUUCAUUACAUCAUGCUAUAAACUCUUCUAAUUCUUAAGCAGAUGCUAGUUUUGAAAUGGAACAUCUUCUAAUAAUGAAUGGAGCAAAUACAGGAGCUAUUGAUGUUUUAUAAAGAACUCCUCUGUUCUAUUCUUUCACAAAGUUUGGAAAAUAAAAUGAUUUUUCUGAAAUUGAUCCUUUUGAAACAGUUUCAUCAAUAUUAGCAGAUAAAAAUUGCACUGUUAAUUGUUUAGAUAUGUAUAAAAGGUCUCCUUUACAUUAUGCUGCAUUAAGAGGCAGUGUAAUAUCNAGAUGAAGAAGAAGAAAUUUAAUAUAAAAGAAAAAAAACAGCAUUUAAAAAUCCUUAAAUAAUUUAUAACCCAACAUAAUCCAAAAUAAUUACAGGAAUGACUACUGGAAUCAAAACUUCUAAAAUACAUUCACAAUUCUCUCAAAAAAAUCAUUAAUUCUAAACUUAAGUUAUAGAUGGAGGAAAUGUAUAUAAUCAAAGAACAUUUUAUUACAAUAGCAAACCAAUUAUUGUUCAUUUAAAUAAAGAGUAAGUUGAUUAAUUAAAAUAAGAAGCACUCUAAGCUUCUUUUCUAAUAUAAGAAACAGUUUUAAAACUAUUUUAAUAAUUAAUAAAUUUAGGAGCUAAAUCAAAUAGUGUAGUUAUAAAAAGAAAGAAGUUUAGAUAACCAGAUGAAUCAUAAUAAGAUUAGUAAGAUAAUAAAGAAGAUCCAUAUAUAAGUGAAGGUAAUUAUACGAUAGCUCAUUUUGUAUUUAAAACUUUCCAUAGUGUAUCUUUCCUUCAAGGAUUAUAAAGAAUAUCCAAUAUUUCAUUAAAGGAGACAACACAUAAUAAUACAAGUCCUAUUCAUUUAUUUGCUGCUACUUGCAAUAAAUAUUAAAUAUGUGGAAGAGAAUAAGAAACUAGUGAGACAUUUUUAAAAUAUGUUCUAAAUCAUAUAGAUAUAUAAGUUAAGGAUUCAAAUUUAGAUACACCUACAAGUAUUAUGGCAUUGCGUUAUUAUGAAGAUUUGAGUUGGUUUGUUGAAUCUUUAUUAGGAAUGGGUGGAUGCAUAGAUAAUUUAAAUAAAAAUAAUGAAGUUCCACUUUAGAAAUGGGUUAAAGCAAAUAAUAUAAAAAUAGUUGAGUUAUUUUUAACUAAAUUUAAGGCAGAUCCAAAUUAUAGAGAUAAACAUAAAAGGACUUCAUUACAUCAUGCUAUAAACUCUUCUAAUUCUUAAGCAGAUGCUAGUUUUGAAAUGGAACAUCUUCUAAUAAUGAAUGGAGCAAAUACAGGAGCUAUUGAUGUUUUAUAAAGAACUCCUCUGUUCUAUUCUUUCACAAAGUUUGGAAAAUAAAAUGAUUUUUCUGAAAUUGAUCCUUUUGAAACAGUUUCAUCAAUAUUAGCAGAUAAAAAUUGCACUGUUAAUUGUUUAGAUAUGUAUAAAAGGUCUCCUUUACAUUAUGCUGCAUUAAGAGGCAGUGUAAUAUCUGGUAGAUAUAUGAUAAAAAUGAAUGCUGUUGUAGAUGAUAUUGAUAAAUAUGGGAAUACACCUUUGGGUUUGGCAUUUAUAAGUGGUCAUUCUAAUUUUUGUACAAUGCUUAUAGAUAAUAAAGCUAAUGUGAAUAGAGAUGCUAUAGUAAUUGAUAAAGAGAAAGUAAAGUAAGAAGAGAAAUAAUAGAGGUAAGAAAGAAGAGAGAAAGGUGAAGAAGUUGAAACAGAAGAUGAAGGAGAAUCAAAUCCAAUAGAAACUGAAAAUAAUGUUCAUUCGGGUGGUUUAUUUGGUGGAGCUAGAGUUGCAGUAUUUCCUGCAAAAGUAGCUACAAGAAAUAUUUUUGGAUAGAAUAAUUAAUUAAAUUAAUUGACUUAACCUACAAAAUUCCCACCUGGAAAAUAUUCAUAUUUUAAAUUAGCAAUAAAAUAAGGUUGGUAAGGUGUUGCUUAUUUAUUGAUUACUGAUGGGUAUGAUUUAUAAAGAGCAAUUGAAGAUGCUAUGAUGGAAGAUUAAUUUAAAUUAGUUCGAACACUACUCUUAAAAGUUAAGGAGGAUUCAGUUGUUCAAAAAUACAAUCUAAAUCAUUAAAAUCUUUUUCACAUUUUUGCAAUCAAAGGAAGAAAUUGUGGGUAAGAUAUGGCUAUUUUAAUUGCUGAAGAAUUAUCUAGAAGAGGAGUAGACAAGAAUUCUAUUGAUUAUUAAAUGAAUACUCCAUUACAUUAUGCAUGUAAACAUGAUUUCAUUUAAAUGAUUAAAUACUUUUUACAUAGAAAUAGUGAUCCUAAUGUUUUUAAUUCUGAUAAAAAUACCCCAUUUUCUAUAAGAUUAUAAAGUAAUUACAAAGUUUUAGCUGACCCUAUAGAAUUAGGAUUAUGGACUAGUAGUAAGGUAAAUUUAAAUGUGAAAUUUAAAGUCAAUAAAAAAGAUUAUUGUUUGACUCCUUUAUUAUAUUUAAUCUAAGAAUAUCAUGUUGAAGAUGAAAUUCUACUUACUAAAUUUACUGAUGCAGGUUGUGAUAUCAAUGAGAAAACAGAAAAAGGAGACACUUCUUUGAUUCUUGCAAUAAAGAAUAAUUCUUUAAAAUUAGUUAAUUUCAUUCUACAUCAUCCUAAUUUUAGAAAAGAAUCUCAUCUCUAAGAUUUAAGUUAAAAGUCUCCCAUUCAUCAUGUAGUUUAGCCAUUAGAAUUUGGAUCUUAUGAAAAUACAGAGAUGUUAGAAGCCUUGUCUAAAGUUUUUGAUGUGAAUAUGAUAGAUAAUAAUGGAAAGACUCCUUUAGACUAUGCAGUUGAUUAAGAUUCUGGUGUUAUGGCUGCAGUUUUAAAAAAUCUUUAAGCUGUCUAAAAAUUAAUAACUAAAUAACCUAGACUUCCAACCAGUGUAAUCUCUUAAGCUUAAUGGGUUGAAUAGGAAUUAGAUGUUGAAGCUGAUGCCUAAAAGUUUUUAGAUUAACAUGGAGAAUAAUUAGAAGAUAAAAAGUAAGAUUAUAAAAAUUAAGUUGAUACUUUUGCUGUUCUUACUGGAAAACUUGAAGUCUUAAUAGAUAAAGAUAUUGGUCCCUAUUCUCUAUUAAUGACUAAAGUUGAUAUUGGAAAUGGACAAUAUUCAGAAAAUGUAUUUUAUAAAAUGUAAGUCUUACAUGAAAUCAAUCGAAAUGUUUUUAUUCUAUUUACUAGAUGGGGUAGAAUAGGAACUGGAGGAUAACAUUAAUAAACUCCGUUUGAAAGUUCAGAAGAAGCUAUUAAAGAAUUUAAUAAAAUCUUCUCAAAUAAAUCAGGUGGUAAUGAUUGGAGAAAAAUUAAAAAAGGAGAAGAAGAGUUUGUUAAAAAACCUGGAAAAUAUUAUUUAAUGAAUAUCAAAUAAUAGAAAAAUUUUAAAUCUUUAAUGACACCUUUUGAUUUCAGUAAAAAAUCUCCAUAUCCUCCAUGUAAUUUAGAUAAUACUAUCAAGAGAUUUAUUUUAUAAUUUAUCUAAGUUAAAUUAUAUUAAAAGGAUUUAUAAUAAUUCCAUGUAGAUAUGGACUUUUUACCAAUAGAAAGACUUGAUAGAAAAUAAUUAGAAGUUGCUAAAGCUAUUCUUAAUGAAUUAACAGAUAGUGUUGAAGAAUUAAAAUAACUUAGAUAGAAAGGAGAUUUAGAUAUUAAAAAAAUAUCUAAUAUUUCAUCCGAAAUUGAAGAUAAAUCUAGUAGAUUUUAUGAAUUAAUACCCUUGAUUGAAUUAAGAACAGAACCUUUACCUCCAUUAGAUUCUAUUGAAGCCAUAAAUUAAAAAUUAUUGCUCAUUGAAACUUUACUUAAUUUCGAAAUCACAUCAAAGAUUUUAUUAGGAGCUCAUUUAAUGAAAUAAUCCUUAAAUCCACUUAAUUAUUGUUUCAAUGCUUUAAAUGUAAGAGUCAUUACACUUCCUCGAGAACAUCCAGAAUUUAAAUUGAUUGAUCAAUAUAUAAAUCAAUCAUCAUCACCAAAAAUAUCUAACAUUUUUGCCAUUGAAAGAAGAGGAGAAACUGAAAGAUUUGAAAUCAAUAAAUAAUACAAUAGGUUAUUACUCUGGCAUGGUUCUAAAAUAUCUAACUUUAUGGGUAUUUUGGCUUAAGGACUUAAAGGUAAAAUAAUUAGAUUAUUUUUUUAGUUGCACCACCUUGGGCUCUUAAUACAGGAGCCAUGUUUGGUAAAGGAAUCUAUUUUGCUGAUAUGUUCUAAAAGUCAUAUGCUUAUACUGAUGAUUGGUCACUUCAUUAUAAUUCUUAUAAUGGUCUCUUUUAGUAAGGAGGACAUUGGAAUAGACAAUAAUAAGUAGUUAAAGAUGAACAAGAAGAAAUUCAAAGAUAUAGAUAUAUGUUGCUUUGUGAGGUUGCAGUUGGCAAAUCUUAAGAACUUUACUAAGCAGAUUUUGUAUAAAAUUUACCAAGUAUUUAUUAUAAAUUAUUAUUAGAACAAUAUUAAUCAGUUAAGGGAUGUGGUAGAAGGGGACCUGAUUAUAAAUAAUCUGUUAUUCUAUCAAAUGGAUGCAAAGUUCCUGUUGGUUAAUGUAUAGAAUAUCCAGAUCCUAAAAAGAAGGAUAAGGAUGGUAACCCAAUUUAAUACUAUUUACAACACAAUGAAUAUAUAGUUUAUGAUGAAACCAAGGUUAAAUUUAGAUAUAUGGUCUAAUUGGAUACAAAAGAUACAAUCGAUGAAUACUGAGU